AUCACUCCACUUUCUCAUCGCACGGUGCAGCGCGCGACCUGCUCCGUGCCGCACCGCGAGGCGGACCGAGUGAGUAGCGGCAGAGCGGUGACCGCGCGUCGGGGUGGAAACUAACCAGCUGCCGGCAACUAACCGGACCUACCGGACCGUGUAGUUCUUUUUAACCGGUUUUUUUUGGGUUCCUUAAUAAAAAAAAAACAUUUUUCUUCUCCUCUCCCCGUCCCGGUGCUCCGUCCUCCACCCACCCCGCACUACACCACAAAGCGUGCCGGAGGAUGCUGUCGUUACAAGCCGCCCGGUGGUGACGUUCUCACGGAGUAGGCAGCGAGGUGUGACCCAGGUCCGCACGGGUGUCCAGCCCCCCCACCCCCCCCAUUUCGCCUCCUCUUCCCCCGGAGAGAGCACGGAUCUCCGGGUCGAUGCGCAGCGCUGGUCACGACAUUACAACCGGACAUAAAUUAACAGACGGAAUUGGCUUGUGCUCCUGGAUUGUUUGAUUUGUUUUAAGGUCUUUUUUUUGUUUUGUUUUUUUCGGCGUUGUGGAUUGUUAAUUUCGGGGUGUUUUUUUUUUCUCCAUUUUUCGUUUUUUUUUCUUACGGCUCCAUCUGGUUACCGAGGAGGAGCGGAGCCUGUAGCCGAGGCUGGAGCGCCCAGAGCUGGGUAACCGCGCGGCUGUCACCCGGUCCAGAGCGGUCGACAUGGCGGCGGCGAGGCGCUGGUUCCUGCUGUGCCUGGCGGUCGUCCUGCAGGUCUCGUGCGGCGCGGCGCCCUCCGACAUCCUGUACCGGGUCCCCGAGGAGCAGCCGCCCAACACGCUGAUCGGGAGCCUGGCGGCGGACCGGGGCCUGCCCGACACGGGGCACCUCUACAAGCUGGAGGUGGGCACGCCGUACCUGCGCGUGGACGGCAAGACGGGCGACAUCUACACCACGGAGAUCCCCAUCGACCGCGAGACGCUGAGGGACUGCCGCAACCUGUUCGAGGGCAGCAAGUGCUUCCUGGAGUUCGAGGUGUCCAUCACCGACAUGGUGAAGGGCAUCGGCUCGGGGCCGCGGCUGAUCGAGGGCCGCAUCGAGGUGCUGGACAUCAACGACAACACGCCGCAGUUCUCCUCGCCCAUCCUCACGCUGUCCAUCCCCGAGAACACGCACGUGGGCGCCCUCUUCUCCAUCCCCAUGGCGACCGACAGGGACUCCGGCGCCAACGCCGUGGCCGAGUACUCGCUGAGCACGGGGCCGGACGCCGACCGGCUCUUCGGCCUGCAGGUCUCCGUGGACUCGGACGAGAAGCUGCCCCAGCUGGUCGUCAUGGGCAACCUGGACCGCGAGAGGAAGGACUCGUACGACCUGAACAUCCGGGUGGUGGACGGAGGGAAGCUGCCGCGGGCGAGCAGCGCCCUGCUGAGGGUCACCGUCACCGACCAGAACGACAACGCACCCACGUUUGAGAGGAGCCACUACGAGGCGGAGCUGCCCGAGAACAGUCCACAGGGGCACUCGGUGCUGCAGGUCCGAGCCAACGACGCGGACAUCGGCACCAACGGGGAGAUCGACUACAGCCUCCACCAGGCGUCGGAGGCCGUCCAGAGGCUCCUGCGCAUCGACCGCUCCACGGGCAUCAUCUACGUCAAGGGCCUGGUGGACCGCGAGGAGGAGAGCUUCCUCAAGUUCUUCGUGGUCGCCAAAGACCGCGGGCCCAUCUCCAAGAGCUCCAAGGUCCUGGUGACCAUCAAUGUCAGGGACCAGAACGACAACGCGCCGGCCAUCGAGAUCCGCGGCAUUGGCCUGGUGACGCACCAGGACGGCGUGGCCAACAUCUCCGAGGACAUGCCUAUCGGCACGCCCGUGGCGCUGGUCCAGGUGUCGGACCGCGACGAGGGAGAGAACGCGGUGGUGACGUGCGUGGUCGCCGGCGACGUCCCGUUCCAGCUCCGGCCCGCCAGUGAGUCGGCCAACGAUCGGAAGAGGAAGUACUUCCUGCAGACGACGACGCCGCUGGAUUACGAGCGCGUCAGGGAUUACAGGAUUGAAAUAGUCGCGGUGGAUUCUGGGAACCCGGCGCUGUCCAGCUCCAACUCCCUCAAAGUGCAGGUCAUGGACAUGAACGACAACACGCCCAUCUUUUCCCCCGCGCUGCUCGAGGUGGACUUCGCCGAGGGCAACCAGCCGGGCGACAAGGUGCUGGACGUCGCGGCGACGGACGCGGACAGCGGCACCAACGCAGAGCUGGCGUACAGCAUCAUCGACCUCGCGGCCACCAGGCUCUUUGACAUCGAGGCUGACACGGGAGAGAUCCGCGUGAAGAACCUGCUGGAUCGGGAGGAGACGGAGCGCUACGAGUUCCGCGUGGCCGCGGCGGACAAAGGCGUCCCCAGCAAAACCGGCACCUCCACCGUCGUGGUCAACGUUCUGGACCGCAACGACAACGACCCCAAGUUCAUGCUGAGCAUCUACAGCUUCUCCGUCAUCGAGAACAUGACUCCGCUCAACCCCGUCGGCGUUGUGACGGUCACCGACGCCGACAAGGGCGAGAACGCCCGCGUGAGGCUGUUUGUGGAACCGGACAACGGGAAGUUCGUGAUCCAGAACGGCACGGGGACGAUCCUGUCCAGCAUCUCCUUCGACCGCGAGAAAGAGAGCACCUACACCUUCCGCCUGAAGGCCGUGGACGCCGGUGACCCGCCUAGAUCCUCCUACGUGGGCGUGACCAUCAACGUCCUGGACGAGAACGACAACGCCCCCUACGUCACCAAACCGGCAAACUCCUCCUACACCUACAUGUCCCCCGUCACCCCGCCGGACACCAGCGUGGAGGUGGUUGAGGCCGAGGACAUCGACUCCGGACCCAACGCCGAGCUGGUCUACACCAUCAUGGGGGGGAACCCGUACGGCCUGUUCCACAUCUCGCCGAACAGCGGCGAGAUCACGCUGGUGCAGGAGUUCACCGGCAAGCACAACGGGCUGCACCGCCUGGUGGUGAGGGUCAGCGAUAAAGGCAAGCCCCCCCGCCACACCACCGCCCUGGUCCACGUGUUCGUCAACGACACCAAGUCCAACGUGUCCCUCAUCGAGGCGCUGGUCGGGCACAGCCUCUACACCCCUCUGGACCGGGACAUCGCCGGAGACCCCAACUACGCCCUCGCUCAGCGCAGCAACAUCCUGUACGGCAGCCUGGCGGGGAUCGCCGGCGUGAUCCUCGUCAUCGUGGCCGUGGUUGUCAUCAGACACCGGCUGCAGAAGGACACCAAGAGCGGCUACCAGGCCGGCAAGAAGGAGAGCAAGGACCUGUACGCGCCCAAGCAGGGCCCCAAAAACGGCAAGGGGAAGAAGAGCAAGAAGGGGAAGGCCCCCAAACCGGCGAAGCCGCUGGAGGAGGACGUGGAGGCCGGCCUGCAGAAGGGCCUCCAGUUCAACCACAUCAACGAGGACGUCACCGACAGCCCCAGGAUCCACCUGCCCCUCAACUACCCGCCGGGGAGCCCCGACCUGGGGCGCCACUACCGCUCCAACUCCCCCUUGCCGUCCAUCCAGCUGCAGCCGCAGUCGCCCUCCGCCUCCAAGAAGCACCAGGCCGUCCAGGACCUCCCCGCCACCAACACCUUCGUGGGGACGGGCGACAACAACUCCACGGGCUCCGACCAAUACUCGGAUUACAGCUACAAGGCCAACCCGCCCAAAUACAGCAGCAAACAGGUAGGAGACUACGCAAACACGCCGUACAACACGGACAUCUAUUGGACCAAGCAGGUGUGGUAGUCGCGCCGGGACUUGUUUUGGCACAGCCGAUACCCUUACACCAAAAAGCUGCACUGAUCUCCCCCCCCCCCCUCACCAUUCAACAGCUGCUUUCAUCUGUUGGGUUUUGGUUGUGUUUUUCCAUUUCUGUUUUUUUUUUUCCGUUUUUUCGUUUGACACCAUGAAAUAUCACAUUAUGGGAUAGACCGACUAUGGGCUCAUUAAUAUGUACCACCUCUUAAAAAGAACUCUGGAUCCAGAAAAAAAUAUGUUUUUUUUUUUUUCAAUAUUCUGUUUGUAUUAUUAUUUUUUUGUUUGUUUUUAAUUCUUCCAAAGCGAGCGAACGACAAAAGGUUCCUGGAUGUAUGAAGACGUGUUCAUGGUCCCAUGAGGGUCUAUCCUUUCUCUGCUCACCUUCUGUCACUGUGGGUUUAAAUGAAGGAGCGCUUGAUUUCUCUGUUAUUAUUGUGUUCACGUCCUCAUUCAGUCCUCUUUCACAAGGUUUUUAUUGUUGUUGUUGUUAUAAAAGCUGCUCUUCAUGGUCGGAUCAGCUCGUUGAAUUGUGAUGAAGACGAGCGACUGUGAAUUCAUGAGUUAUUAUUAUUAUUUUUGUUUUUGUGAGUGUGUUUUCCUUCUGUUUGGCCUCCAUCCGGUUCCCGACCAAUAUGAGGUCCUUCCAGCUCGGUGGGGGGGGCGGAGCUACAGGGGGGGAGGAGCUAGGGGGGGUUGUUCAGAGCCGCUAUGAAGGAACACAAGUACACUGAGACCUCCUCCGUCGGCCAAUUGUUUGCACAGAUUAAUGUCAUUUUCCAGGCGCCCGCUUUUCUGCCUUGUUUUACCCAGAGUGCCUUGCUCUAUUCUAUUUAAUGUACAAAAAGAAGGGGGGGAGGGGGGAGGGGAGGGGCUUCUUACGCUGUUUUUGUUAUGGUUAAAAAAACGUUCACUGUGAAAAAACCCUGUUGAGACAAUCGCAUCCAGGUAUGACUGUACAUGAGUAUUUGUUCUUGAUUUGUACUUUUCAUCUGUUUAUCGUGUGUGUGUGUGUGUGUGUGUGUGUGUGUGUGUGUGUGUGUGUGUGUGCUUAACAAAGAGCAUUUCUAAAGACUUGUGUUCACCUGUACCAAAGACUCACACACACCUGUUUCCUUGACUUCCUGCUGGGUUCAUAUUUACCACCUGAGAUUUUAAAAAGCCAGGCGGCAUCACACACCUGCUCAGUCAUGUGAUCAUCUUCUUCUUCUUCUUCUUCUUCUUCUUCAUGUUCUUCUUCAUCUUCUUCUUCUCUGGGGAAAUACAUGUACAGUGUUUUUUUAAUAAUGCUUUUUGUUUUAUUUUGACGGCUCAAAAGCAGAUUUUAUUUCAAUAAAACAUGUUUGUUAA